AUUGAAUUGUUUGGAUCUAUUAACCACUUCUAUAGACUAUAGUGAAGUACACCAUAAAGAAGUAGAUACAAGAUCAUAUAAUAGACCGUUUCAGAUUCAGGAAACUUUCUAAGCUUAAACUUCACUAUAUCUUUUGAUAAAUCAGCUCAAUAAAAUUUAAAAUUCUGUAAUUUGAUUAUGUGCUGAUUCUUAUCAUCUUUCCCAGUUGAAAACAUUGAUUAUUUACCCUCCAUAGCUGAAGAAAAUGCAAGGUGGUCAAAUGGUUGUUGAAGAGCCUGUUCGUCUUGCUUCUGUUCUUACUCCGUCUAAAUCAGAUGACUCUCCAUCGUUGACCAAAGUUAUGGCAACCCUUGGACCAAAAUCCCAAACCGUUGAAACUAUUGAGGCUUGUCUAAAAGCCGGAAUGUCAGUUGCACGAUUUGAUUUUUCUUGCUGUGACAUUGAUUACCAUCAAGCGAUUAUCAAUAAUUUGAGGAUUGCUUCCAGAAACGUUAACAAACUGUGUGCUGUUAUGCUCGAUACCGUGGGUCCUGAAAUCCUGAUUUCAAAUAAAACUGGAAACCCGAUUGAGCUGAAAGCUGAUGAUCUUGUGACAAUCACUCCAGAUAUCACUAAAGAACCAUCAGCACAAGUAUUGCCGAUAAACUAUGCUGGACUUGCAAAGGAAGUGAAGAAAGGUGACACUGUUUUCAUCGGACAAUAUCUCUUCACAGGAAGUGAAACCACAUCUGUAUGGCUUGAGGUAUCGGAGACAAAUGGUGCAGAUAUCAUAUGUCAGGUGAAGAACAGUGCUAAAUUGACAGGUUUCAACUUUAAUUUGCACAUUUCAAGGGUCCAAGUCAAUUUGCCUACUCUGGCUGAAGUUGAUAAAGAGAUUAUUUCCACUUGGGGAUCUCACAAUAAUAUCGAUAUCAUCUCCUUGCACUAUACACGUCAUGCUGAUGAUAUCCGUCAGGUCAGAGCAUUUCUCGCAGCUCAAAAUCUUCAUGGAACGCAAAUAUUUGCUAAAGUUGAAACAGUGGAGGGUUUGAAGCAUUUUGAUGAGAUUUUGAAAGAAUCAGAUGGUGUGAUCCUGGCUCGAGGAAAUCUAGGAAUUGACCUUCCUCCAGAGAAGGUCUUCUUGUUUCAAAAAUCUGCUGCAUAUAGGUGUAAUACGGCAGGGAAACCUCUCAUUAUCACCCGAGUAGUCGAUAGUAUGGCGAGCAAUCUGAGGCCUACCCGAGCAGAAGCGACUGAUGUUGCCAACGCUGUUUUGGAUGGUGCUGACGGUAUAUUGUUAGGUGGAGAGACAUUUGGCGGUCUGUAUCCUGUUGAAGCUAUUAAAACUGUCAGGAAAAUCUGCGCCGAGGCUGAAUAUGUGUACAAUCAAGCAUUAAACUACAAGCGUAUUGUCAAGUACGCUGGAGAACCAUUGUCACAUCCUGAGUCUGUUGCUUCUUCAGCGGCUCGGAUUGCCGUUAAAGUACAAGCUGCUAUGAUUGCUGUGUUCACAUCAUCUGGGGCAGCAGCAAGGUUGAUUGCAAAAUAUAGGCCAUCUAUGCCCGUCUUUGCGAUCGUCACCCCUCGUGUGAGCUCUAAUUCUGUGAAAUGGAGACUCACUGGUUCAAUGCAGGCUCGGCAAUUGCUUGGUGUUCGAGGAGUUUUCCCUAUCCUAGCAAGCACAGAAUCUGCUCACUUAGGAGUCGUCAGUGAAGAGUCGGUGUUGAAGCUAGCUUUGCAUCACGGCAAGGUACUGGGAUUGCUGAGACCUAAGGACAAGGUGGUCGUCUUUCAGAAGGUCGGGGACUCUUCAGUUGUUAAGAUUGUCGAGUUUGACGACUAGCCUGCGACCUAUUGUUUGUAACGUUCUAAGCUUUACGUUCUAAGCUUUCAGUUCUCAGUACUGUAAUUUCAGUGGACUUGCUUGCCUUUUGUAGAGUAUAUAAACUACAAGAUGUAAGGGCAACAUAUUGUGCUUUGUACAAGAUAAAUCAUGCUUAGGGUUUUAGGCAGAGCAAGUUGAUCCAUGAUUUUCACAAUAAUAUCAGACGACCAAAUAUUUAUAAUUCUUUGGUUUUUGAUUAUAAUGGAAUAUGUUAAACAUGAUUAACAUUA